AUGGACAUAAUCAAUAGAUUACCCGAUGAAUUGCUGCUUAAGAUAUUAACGUUUCUUCCAACAAAAACUGCUGUCUCCACUAGCAUCUUGUCUAAACAAUGGGAGUUUCUUUGGAUGUGGUUGCCAAAUCUUGAGUAUGAUGAAUUAGAUGUAAAAUCUUCGGUCAUUAUUAGGUUUCGCGAUUUCAUUGACAAGAAUUUGCCCUUACAUAGAGCUCCUAUCAUACAAACCUUGAUCCUCAGUUUUCAACUUAGUGACUUAUCUCAACCUGAGAAUAUCAAACGAUGGGUUGGAACUGCGGUUUCUCGCUGUGUGCGUGAGCUAAGCAUCUAUCUUUUUUGUUUCGAUCACAAACAACCAGCUGAUGUAUCAUUGCCGAGUGGUUUGUAUACAUGCAACUCGCUCACGGCUUUGACACUUUAUGGCAAGGAGAUUCUUGUGGAUGUUCCUCCAACGGCUUAUCUGCCUUCCUUGAAAACCUUGCUACUUGAAUGUGUGACAUACUUAAAUGAAGAUUCUCUUCGACUGCUUCUAUCAUGUUGCCCUGUUCUUGAAGAUUUGUCUAUAGAAGGACGUAGCGGCGAGAAUGUGGGAAAGAUAGUUGUUAAUAUCCCGUCUUUGCAGCGUUUAUCCUUGAAUGUGUAUGGUCCAGCUUCUGAUGGGUAUGUGAUAGUUACCCCUUCUUUGAAGUAUUUCAAAUUUGACGAUUGCGAAGAAGGUUUCUCCUAUCUGGCUGAGCAUAUGCCAAUGCUCAAAGAGGCAUAUAUUAGUGUUGUGCACGAUACUGAGAAGCUUCUCGAAUCAAUCGCAUCCGUCAAACUCCUUACCUUACGUCCAUAUAUCACCAGUUCAGCAAAGUUUGUGUAUCCUGCUGGUAUGGUUUUCAAUCAGCUUGAACAUUUGAAGGUACAUAUACACAGCGUGAAUUGGUCGAAGUUACUUGUCUGGUUGCUCAGAAAUUCUCCUAAGCUACGAAUCCUUAAUGUAUAUUGUGAUGAUUUUCAUUCAGAGCUUGAUGUGUAUGAACCGGUUAAGUGGGAUAAUGAACAGAGCUCAGUUCCUGAAUGUUUGUUGAGGAGUCUCGAAACUUUGAAGUUUGCAGGGUACAGGGGAAGAGAAGAAGAGAGAGAUUUCUUGAGUUUCUUAUUCAAACACGCUUGUUGCUUAAAGUCUACAUCAGUCAUUCUUCAUGUUUCAUGA